AGCAUUUGCUUCCCCAAGCUUCGCUCGUUCGCUCGUCUAAACGCCCGCCAUGUUCCGCGCUGUGCUCCUUGGUCAGUGGCUGGCAGCAGCGGCGCUCACGCCAGGGGCCUGCCGCUUUGUGGGGCUGAACGCGGACAAGGAGGACUUUCAGCUGCUGCUCCUGGAGGACAUCGACCAGCCCCUGUCCGUCACGGACGGGAUAGCCACAGCUCAGGCCACUGCUACCACCUUCGAGAAGGGCACACUGCUCAGUGCCAAGGACUUUGCGCCCGGGCUCUCCAUGAAGGAGGGCCGCUUGAGGGCCGUCCUGGGCGACAGCACUUUGUGCGGCAUCAGCCUCCUGGCCGAGGCGGAUCCGAAGGCGGUGAUGAGCUUCGGCCAGGACUACGACAACGCGCUCUACACUGGCAAGACGGCUGGCAGCAAGAAGGAGCUGAUUGCUUCCAUUGCCAAGGUUGCAAACUGGAAGUUGGACGACGAUCUUGUGGCCACCGAACGGGUGCUUUCUGCUUUCAGCAUUGCCAGCGACGACAACACAACGACGGCCAUGACCAUGACAACCACGAUGAUGAUGGGUCCCAACACGACGACGCAGACGACCAUGACCACCACCACGGCGUUCAUGGGCACGACCAUGGAAACCACGGCCAUGGGGACUACCACGGCCAUGGGGACGACCAUGGGGACAACCAUGAUGGGCACUACGGCUCAGGCCACCAAUCCCCCCCCCACGAGUUCGAAUGCUGCGGGACUCGGGGGCCUGGGGUGCCUCAUGCUCUGGACCUUGAUGUGAGGCGGAAGGCAAACGGAAGCCGCGCGAGGGGACUGCAGGGACCAGCAGGAA